AUGAAAUUUGUGCUAUUUGUCACUGUUGGGCUAAUUUUGCUGCUAGGAGUUCAAGCCAUGCCUUCAAAUCGUCUGUCUUGCUACACAAAGAUACUAAGAGAUCGCAACUGUCACAACCUUCCAGAAGGAGCAACUGACCUGGCACAGAGGGAUAUAAACAUCCAAGAUCAUUUCUGGGAUGGAAAGGGAUGUGAGAUCAUCUGUUUCUGCAAUUUCAUUGAAUUGCUGUGUUGCCCAAAAGAAAUCUUCUUUGGACCAAAGAUAUCUUUUGUGAUCCCUUGCAACAAUCAUUGA